GACUCCUCCAAGAUUGACUUUCUUUCUCCUCCUCUUCUACCCCUCCAAGCACCAUCAUCUCUUCCCUCGAACUCGUUGACCACUUGUCAAUUGAGUUGUGAAUAGCAUCAUUAGUCUGGUGCUUACAUCGUCUUGUUCCUGGCCUGCCAAGUAUCUAGAUAUUCCUGUGCAACCUCGAUUCCUACAUACCCCUCCAUCUCGAAGCAUAUCGUCGCCGAGAAAUCUCCGCUACAAACCCUCACAAUAGCAUCAUCUUUCCCACAAGUCUCAAGCUACACAUUGCCCAUCAUGGCUGCCAGCAACAUGGUCAACAACGCCGUGGACCCGAACAUCGAGGAUGACCUGUUCCAAAAGGAGGUUGAGCAAGUCAAGAAGUGGUGGAGUGAGCCGCGAUGGAGACACACCAAGCGAUCCUUCACCGCCGAGCAGAUUGUCUCCAAGAGAGGACACCUCAAGAUUGAGUACCCGAGUAACGCUCAGUCCAAGAAGCUCUUUGAGAUUCUCGAGAACCGCUUCAAGAACAAGGACGCCAGCUACACCUACGGCUGCUUGGAGCCCACAAUGGUCACUCAGAUGGCCAAGUACCUCGACACCGUCUACGUAUCUGGUUGGCAAUCAUCGUCAACGGCCUCAGCCUCGGACGAGCCCGGCCCGGAUCUGGCAGACUACCCUUACACCACCGUGCCUAAUAAGGUUGCCCACCUGUUCAUGGCCCAGCUCUUCCACGACCGGAAACAACGCCAGGAACGCCUGAGCGUCUCUAAGGAGGCUCGCGCCAAGCUCGCCAACAUCGACUACCUGAGACCCAUCAUCGCCGACGCCGACACGGGCCACGGCGGUCUCACGGCCGUCAUGAAGCUAACCAAGCUCUUCAUCGAGAAGGGCGCCGCCGGCAUCCACAUUGAGGACCAGGCCCCCGGCACCAAGAAGUGCGGCCACAUGGCCGGCAAGGUCCUCGUCCCCAUCCAGGAGCACAUCAACCGCCUCGUCGCCAUCCGCGCCCAGGCCGACAUCAUGGGCUCCAACCUCGUCGCCGUCGCCCGCACCGACGCCGAGGCCGCCACCCUCCUCAGCACAAACAUCGACCCCCGCGACCACGCCUUCAUCCUCGGCUCCACGAACCCCAGCCUCCAGCCCCUCAACGACCUCAUGAUCGCCGCCGAGCUGGCCGGCAAGACGGGCGACCAGCUCCAGGCCAUCGAGGACAACUGGCUGAAGCAGGCCAACCUCAAGCGCUUCGACGAGGCCGUCGUCGACGCCAUCAAGGCCGCGCCCCUGUCCAACAAGGACGGCCUCAUUCAAAAGUACACCGCCGCCGCCAAGGGCAAGAGCAACAACGAGGCGCGCGCCAUCGCAAAGGGCAUCCUCGGCGCCGACAUCCACUUUGACUGGGACUCCCCGCGCACGCGCGAGGGCUACUACCGCCUCAAGGGCGGCUGCGACUGCGCCAUCAACCGCGCCAUCGCGUAUGCCCCCUACUGCGAUGCCAUCUGGAUGGAGAGCAAGCUGCCCGACUUCAAGCAGGCGCAGGAGUUCGCCAAGGGCGUCCACGCCGUCUGGCCCGAACAAAAGCUCGCUUACAACCUCUCGCCCUCCUUCAACUGGAAGACGGCGAUGCCCCGCGCCGAGCAGGAGACGUACAUCCGCCGCCUCGCGUCGCUCGGCUACUGCUGGCAGUUCAUCACCCUGGCGGGCCUGCACACGACGGCGCUCAUCAGCGACAAGUUCGCCAAGGCCUACAGCCAGCAGGGUAUGCGCGCGUACGGCGAGCUCGUGCAGGAGCCCGAGAUGGACUCGGGCGUCGACGUCGUCAAGCACCAAAAGUGGAGCGGCGCGACGUACGUCGACGAGCUGCAGAAGAUGGUUACCGGCGGCAUCAGCAGUACCGCUGCCAUGGGUAAGGGCGUGACGGAGGAUCAGUUCCACUGAUUUUUUGUUUGAAAAGGUGGGUGAUGGAGAUGUUGGGGUGUGGUGUAUGAGGGAAGAAGACAUGAUAGGGGGUAUCUACGAUGUAGGGAUGUCGUUUCUGUUGGAUGACAGGUGUACCUAUUCAGAAUGGGUUUAGGGUCGGUAGCAC